AUGGCUCGCGUCUAUGCGGAUGUCAACCAGCAAAUGCCACGGGCAUAUUGGGAUUAUGAUAGCGUAAAUAUUACCUGGGGCGUAUUGGAGAACUACGAGGUUGUGCGCAAGAUUGGACGAGGAAAGUAUUCGGAAGUCUUUGAGGGAAUCAAUGUGGCCAACUACCAAAAAUGUGUGAUUAAGGUGUUAAAGCCGGUCAAGAAGAAGAAGAUUAAGAGAGAGAUUAAGAUCCUACAAAACUUGUCAGGAGGCCCAAAUAUUGUCGCCCUCCUUGACGUUGUUAGGGAUAGUCAAGUAAAUUCAACCUUUCCUUCUCUCCCAGGCGACCCUUUUUCCCUAGUUGGGAAGACGGGCAAAUCCGCGCUCACUGGCCUUGAACAACCCCUUGAAGAAGAAACAGACGACUCAUUCAUGAUGCAGAGCAAAACACCUUCGUUGAUUUUCGAAUUCGUCAACAACACCGACUUCCGUAGCCUCUACCCUAAGUUUAUCGAUUAUGAUGUCCGAUUUUAUAUUUAUGAGCUCUUGAAGGCAUUGGACUUUUGUCACAGCAAAGGCAUUAUGCACAGAGAUGUCAAGCCUCAUAACGUGAUGAUUGAUCAUGAGAACAGAAAGUUGAGACUUAUCGAUUGGGGUCUUGCGGAGUUCUACCAUCAAGGCACCGAGUACAAUGUUCGAGUCGCAUCAAGAUAUUUCAAGGGGCCUGAGUUGCUUGUUGACUUCCAGGAAUACGAUUACUCCUUGGAUAUGUGGUCUUUGGGUGCCAUGUUCGCUUCGAUGAUCUUCAGAAAAGAACCAUUCUUCCACGGAAACAGCAACUCGGAUCAAUUAGUCAAAAUUGCGAAAGUUCUCGGCACUGAAGAUUUAUUCGACUACCUCGACAAAUACGAGAUUGAGCUCGACGCACAAUAUGACGAUAUCCUAGGAAGAUUCCCAAAGAAGAACUGGCACAGCUUUGUCAAUGCUGAGAACCAACGAUUUGUUACUAAUGAAGCUAUCGACUUCUUAGAUAAACUUCUUCGAUAUGAUCACCAAGAACGUUUGACUGCUAAGGAAGCCAUGGCCCAUCCUUUCUUUGCACCUAUUCGUGCUGAUGAGGCGGCUGCACGUGGUACCCCAGCUCCUACUACAUGA